CCCUUCCACUUGCAAGUACGUAUACUUCUUGACGUGGAUCGACCGACCAUGGCCAACAAGCUCGCCACUUCGUCCCUCCUCGCCGCGGCCGUCCUCCUCAUGGCGCUCGCCGCCCCCUCACUGGCCGGCGACCCCGACAUGCUCCAGGACAUCUGCGUCGCCGACUACAAAUCCCUCAAGGGCCCACUGCGGCUGAACGGAUUCCCGUGCAAGAGGCCGGAGAACGUGACGGCUUGCGACUUCUUCUCCGGCGCGCUGGCGAGCGCCGGCAACACGGCCAACGCGCUGGGGUCCGCGGUGACGGCGGCGAGCGCGGACACGCUUCCGGGGCUGAACACGCUGGGCGUGUCGCUGUCGCGCAUCGACUACGCGCCGUGGGGCGUGAACCCGCCGCACGUCCACCCGCGCGCCACCGAGGUCAUCUUCGUCCUCCAGGGCUCCCUCGACGUCGGCUUCGUCGCCGCCGCCAGCAACCGCCUGUACGCGCGCACCGUCAGCGCCGGCGAUGUCUUCGUCUUCCCCCGCGGCCUCGUCCACUACCAGAGGAACAGGGGCGGCGACCCCGCCGUCGCCCUCUCCGCCUUCGACAGUCAGCUGCCAGGCACGCAGCCCGUCGCCGAGGCCCUCUUCGGCUCGUCGCCGCCCGUGCCCACCGACGUGCUCGCCAGGAGCUUCCACGUCGACGGAGGACUCGUGGAGGCCAUCAGGUCCAAGUUCCCGCCCAAGUAGAAGUAGACCUUGCCACUGCCAUGCUCAUGCAAUGCAAGCGCCACGUACGUACGUGUACGUAUUAUAUAUACGUACGCUGGUAUUAAUAACAAUCGAGGCGUGGUUUAAUUGAACAAGCACUGUCGCUUUGUAUGAUGUGUAAGGUGGUGUGUUUCUGUCGACGUGCAAAUCCAGAGUAAUGAGUGUCCUGAUUACAUUAAUUGUUGCCUGGAUUAAUACUGUUGCUCUUGCACCAUAGUCCCUUCGAUCCAAAUUACACUUCCUUUCAAUUUAUAAGACAGUUAAGUUUUUUCUA